AUGCGCGCCGUCCUGGCCAGGGUCCACACCUACGUCCUCGGCGGCACCCGCGUCGACCCCGCGCCCCUGCUCCAGUCCGUCGACCCGCUCCACUUCCACGGCCGCCUCAUCGGACACGACCCCGCCACUCGCCUCCCCGUGUGGACACCGACCCCGUUCGACUUCUCUCAGGAGACUGUCGAGAUGAAAAGAGAAGCACACACAAAGUCGUGCUACAACAAACGCAGAUCAAACGCUAUCCCGCUCGACAGGUCAGUCCCUGACGUCCGCACGGGGGAAUGCCACCACCAGUGGUACUACCACGUCCCGCACAUCCCUGCUUCGUCCACGUCUGCCACUUUCUCACGCGCCAUGUCCACCUUGCAUCUGUCCUCCGACAUGCAACCCACAUCCCCAACCCCGAUCCGCCUGCCCACCACCUCGGUCAUCUUCGUGUUCUACAACGAGCCACUUUCCCCUCUCCUCCGCGCCAUUUAUUCCGUCCUCAACCGCACCCCGCCCCAUUUGCUGCACGAAAUCAUCCUCGUUGACGACGGCAGCGAUGCCGAAGCCCCGUGGUUGGCCGAAGGCGCUCAAUUUGAGCGCCAUCUUCAGCUCCUCCCGAAGGCCCGACUCGCUCGUCUCACGGGUCGCAAUGGGCUUAUGCGCGCCCGCAAUGUCGGCGCCAGCCUUGCCACCGCAGAGACGAUCACAUACUUGGAUGCUCAUAUCGAAGUCGGCCCCGGCUGGCUCGAGCCACUCAUGGGCCGCAUUGCAGAAGGUAUGCGGGACGGUAUUAAUCGCGUUGUCGUCCCUGGCAUUGAUAGCAUUGACGCAGAUACGUUCAAUUACACGGCGGGAGGAAUUGACAUUUUGGGGCACACGUGGGGGCUCGGACAGACGGGAAUUGAGCAUUCCAGUCCACGAAAUGGUGUAGAGCCCAUCCGCUCGCCCAUCAUGGCUGGGGGGCUCUUGUCAUUGUCGAGGAAGUACAUGGAUUUGCUCGGGUUUUAUGAUCCGGAGAUGGAGCUCUGGGGCGGCGAAGAAAUGGAGAUCAGUUUUAGAAUUUGGCUCUGCGGGGGUACUUUGGAAUUCAUGCCAUGCUCGAGAGUCGGUCAUGUGUUUCGGUCGAACAAGUAUUGGCAGGGGCAAGUAUACAAGGUGCCGGGUGAGGUUAUUAUGAAGAACAAGAAUCGAGCAGCAUUCUGGAUGGAUGAGUAUGCGCCGCUCGCGCGACUGUCUGUCGGUAAUGAGGGAGGUGUUGGGGACAUGAAGCAUUAUGAGAAUAUCAAGGCAAGACUUCAAUGCAAGCCGUUCCGGUGGUAUUUGCAGAAUGUGUAUCCGCAGUUGCUCAAGUCGGCAGAUAUACUCAUCAAGACCGGUGGUAGCAAGAUGUCCGAUCCCUUCCAAGCCUCUGGUUUCGUGCGGAACAAUCACACGGGGACAUGCUUAGACCAUCUUCAUUUGAAAUCAGAUGGGUCGGCGUUUGGAGCUUAUCCAUGUCACUACACCCAUGGCAGUCAAUCCAUGGUGUACACUGAUAGUCAUAUGAUACUGUCUGGAGAGCAGUUGCUCGACGGAUGCCUUACCCGGAGUGCAGAUAAUUUACUCCGGAAGUAUCACUGCACGGAUGAUCUGGAAGCAGAUCAGACAUGGACCAUGGAACGGAACGGGAAUAAUGACAGAGCCGUGACGAUGGUGGGAGAAGGAAAGUGUCUUACAGUAGUGGCAGAACCGGAACAGGACAACAAGAGCGCAUUUUCGCUGCGGUUGUUGGAAUGUGGUGGUGAACUGGCGCCACUGCAGAGCUGGGAAUGGGAAUCACUUCGAGACAGUUGAUAGGGAUCACGAAGUACAGUAGUGUGCCGCACUGCUCGUCGGUCUUCUUGUACAGUUUUUUGGUAGACACUAAAUACUUUUCGCCAUAUGGCCUAGGUGCCAGU